AUGGGAGAUUACGUGGUGCCGGGAGAGGAGCCGGCAGAGCCAGGAAUUUAUCGAAGUGAAAAAAUGUGUCUGGCCCAGCUCUACCUCCAGUCCGACGCUUCCUAUCAAUGCGUUGCCGAACUCGGCGAACUUGGCCUCGUCCAGUUCAGAGAUGUCAGUUUUUGUCUUCUUUCUUAUUAAUUGGAUCUGAAUUUCAGUUGAAUCCCGACGUCAGUUCUUUCCAACGAAAGUACGUCAACGAAGUCCGGCGAUGUGAUGAAAUGGAGCGAAAGCUACGUUAGUGGAACUUUGAUGAUUUGAGCUCUCAUUUUCCAUGAUUUCAGGAUUUCUGGAGCGAGAAAUCAAAAAAGAUCAGAUUCCGAUGCUAGACACCGGAGAGAAUCCAGAUGCGCCGUUGCCCAGAGAGAUGAUCGAUCUCGAGGUCAUUUUCCAUUUUAUUUUAUUUCUAGAUAUAUAAAAUAUGUUUUUUUCUUUCAUGAUUAAAAUUUAUCAUUAUUUUCAUGGAAAAAAAUAUGAAUGAACCAGAAAUUCUCGUAGUUAUUUUCGCAAAAAGCAAAAAAAUUUAAUGUCCUAGUCAAAAAAAUCUGAUGCAAUAUACUUUUUGAUUUUUCUUAGGUGAGAAUUUUCUUUUUUUCAAUUUGCACGAAAUUUCGCGGAUUUAAUAUAGAAGUUUUUCCAGUUCCGAGUUCUGAAGCUUUCGAUUGUUGGAAAAAAAUACCUCAAUCUUUAUUUUUUUUAUUUGUUCUAUGUCUCUCUUCAAUUUGGGGAACGUUUUUUUCGUUCAUUGUCUAACCAAAUUUUUUUGAAAUAAUUAUCUCUUUCUCAUUUCAUAUGAUUUAGGCGACCUUCGAAAAACUUGAAAACGAGCUUCGAGAAGUGAAUCGAAACGAGGAAACUCUCAAGAAGAACUUCUCCGAACUCACCGAAUUGAAGCAUAUUUUGCGCAAAACACAAACGUUCUUCGAGGAGGUUUGUUUAAAAAAAUUUGCAUUUUUUUAAUUCGAAGAAAUUUUGUGUGUGCCAAAAAAAUAUCUCUAACCUUGAUUUUCUAUAAAUGAAGUUCAGAAUUAUUCAUCGCACAUUGCAUGCCAAUUUUUCAUUCGAUUAACUCUCUUUUUCUUUUUUUUUGUUACUCUGAACGCGUUGGAGGUGUGUGGGUUCUCAAAAACUUGUUUAAUUACUUUUAAUUUCUUUUCGCAAAAGGUAUUAAACGUUAAAACUUUAUUUAUUUUUAAUCAGGAGCUCUGUUGUGUAUGCUUGUCUGUGGCGUUUUUCAAAGUAGUAUUUGAGAAUGUUUUGUGUUGAUGAAAGGUGGAACACGACCGGUGGCGACCCGCUGAAGGCGUCGCCGACCAGACGCGUCCAGAAGAUUCUCAGCCGUUGAUCGACGUCGACGACGAGGACAACCAGGGCGUCUCCUUGGCCGUCGCCAGCUUCGCCAGUCGUCUUCGAUUGGGGUUCGACUUGUUGUCUCUUUUAUUUUUUGCUUUUGAUAUGGAUUUUGCUCGCAGCUUUGAAAGCUUAUUUUCAAGCUUUCUCAAAUUGAUUACGAAAAGCUGACGCUGGUAGUUGUUCAUAAAGUUUUUCAAGAAAGAGAUAAACCCACCACCACCAUCCAAGUAAAUUCUGCUGAUAUUUAUUAAAAAAAUAUUACAAAUCCUAUGAACUGUGCAUGUGUUGCAUGUUUGAAACGCAAAAGAAGUCCUAUCACUUUUGGAACUUUGUUGAAUUUCUGCUAACUUUCAUAUAUAUAUAUAUAUAUAUAUAUAUAUAUAUAUAUAUAUAAAAAUUGUAUUUACUGCAUUGAAACUCUCUGAUCUGAUAGCAUGAUUUCUUUCUGAAAAUUUUCUCUGUGAACUAACUUUCUCAUUUGAAUGUUCCUCAAGUAAAGUCGGCCUGAGCAGGCAGGCAGCGGCGACACGAUAAUUCCACCGGCGACUGGCGGAGGUUCUCUGGACCUAGGCGGCGAAGAAUCGCUCGAGCUCACCCAGCAGCUCACUCAAGGAGGAGCUGGAGCACCUGCUGGUGGCACCAUGUUUGCCAACUUCGGGUGAGACCGCCGUCGUGCUCGUCUCGCCUGUUUUGUCGUGUAGUUAUGUGCUUGCUCUGAAAUCGAAGCUUCUUCUUUUUUAGCAUCCUCACUCUCAUUCUUCUAAAAACAGUGGCAUGCGUUAAGAAAACAAACAUGAUGUUAACCAGGGAUGCGGCAAUAAAUUCGAGCAAAGUUUCUCCAAUUUAUUUCAUUCGAUAAGUAAAAAAACAGUAGAAGUUUAACCGAAAAAAAGUAUCCGUUAGAGAAUAAAAAAAAGACAAAGUAAUGUCGAUUUUCCCCGUUUUUACGACAAAAGCCCAUAUCCGUACAUCCCUGUUGCGAACUAGUGAAUUUAACAAACUAUUUUUGGUAGAGUUGAAAAUAAUCUUUGUUGUAAACCCGUGGUGACGUUGAACUAUAGCACGAAGACCUGAUCGCGGAGAGCGCCAGUGUCACCGGACCUCUCGACGACGAGUUGGACAUCUCCCACAGUCAACCGGACGCCCAUAUGCCUCUGAAGCUCCAACUACGGUAGAAUUGCUAUACGAAUACUUGGUUUUGGUGGUGGUGAAAUGAGUAGUUUCAAUUAGUUUUUGUGAAAAAGUUGGCUUGAGCUCUCCAAAGCGUUAGCUCUCAAUUGAAUCACCAAAAGAACUUUUUUUAAAAUUUCACAAGGAAGAUUAAUCUGUUUGAGCCUUUGAAAAAAAUUCUGAACUUUACACCUUCUGGCUGAUUCAAAAAGCCAGAUUGAAAGGCUCAAAUUAAUAGACUUCAGAAAGUUUCAAGUAGAAUAACCUCUCUUGUCAAUGUCAUCUUAGAAGGAAGUUUUUGGUGAUUUACUCGAAAGUUCUCGUGAAACUUUUCUCCAGAAAUAUCUGAAUUCGAGGGUUGAUCAUCGGCUUCAGAUUUGUCGCCGGCGUGAUCCAACGCGAACGUCUUCCGGCCUUUGAGCGUCUCCUUUGGCGCGCAUGCCGUGGAAACGUUUUUUUGCGCACCAGCGAAAUUGACGACGUUCUGAAUGAUACUGUAACGGUGAGUUGACUAACUGAAACUUCACUUUUUAAAUUUCCAAUAAAAUUAUAAAUGUUUGAAAGGGUGUAUUGUUUGUUUCUUCUGUUUUCAGGCUCGAAAAGUGUUUCGCUAAAUAAAGUUCUAUAUGCGAAGUUUUCUAUUAAAUCAGCUGUGUUAGAUCGAGCCGGAGUACAAAAAUAAAAAAAUGUAUAUAAAAAAAGUUUUGCUGAUAUUUUUUUCAUGGCUUGUAUUUACCUCGAAAAUAAAAUGUUUUCAAAAAUUUUCCAUUUUUUUAAAAAUUGAGCGAUAGAUUAUGAAAGCUUAUAAAGAAAAAACACAUUUGCUGGAUAGACAAGGUUUCAAAAGGAAUCAUAGAAAUGUUUCAGGGUGAACCUGUGAACAAAACGGUCUUUAUCAUCUUCUUCCAAGGUGAACAGCUCAAGACAAAAGUGAAGAAAAUUUGUGAAGGGUUCGUUUAUUUGAGGUUUCCUUUUUCUAAAGUAACCAACAUUUUUUUCAGUUUCCGAGCGACUUUGUAUCCUUGCCCAGAUACGCCACAAGAACGUCGCGAAAUGUCCAUCGGAGUGAUGACCAGAAUCGAAGAUCUCAAGACCGUUCUGGGCCAAACUCAAGACCAUCGACAUCGCGUUUUGGUUUGCUUUGAAUUAAUUCCUCUUCGAGAAUAAUAAAAAAGAUAACCUUAAUUUACAGGUUGCCGCUUCGAAAAACGUCAGAAUGUGGCUGACCAAAGUCCGAAAGAUCAAGUCGAUCUAUCACACCCUCAACCUUUUCAACAUUGACGUCACGCAGGUAAUAACAAAAUUUCCAACUCUCUAUUCAUUUUUCUAAACAGAAAUGUCUGAUUGCCGAGGUUUGGUGUCCGGUUGAUGAGCUGGAUCGCAUCAAAAUGGCUUUGAAACGCGGAACUGUGAGUUUUUUUUAAAAAUUAUCAUAGGUAAACAUUUGAGAAGAAUAGGACAUAAGAAUGAAUGAAAACGCCAAAAAUAGUUAAUUUUCGAUGCUUGGAAAUUUUUAGAAGUUAAGAGAGGCCAAUUUUUCGCGAUGCCUCUUGCGUGAGAUUUUAAGGUUUGAGAAUGGGUUGAAAAUAUAAUAAAUUUCUAAUUUGAUUUACUGAUUCGAAAAAUUCAAAGGUCAUGUAUACAAUACUGGAUUAGUUUCAUAAAUUUGUAGAUUUGUAAUCAAAAAAUUUGUGGGAACAACUUAACAAUCAUUAUAUUGCCAGGAGGAGAGCGGCAGUCAAGUGCCGUCGAUUCUGAACCGAAUGGAAUCUGCGGAAGCGCCGCCGACGUACAACAAGACGAACAAGUUCACCCGUGGAUUCCAGAACAUCGUCGACGCCUACGGAAUCGCCACCUAUCGGGAAAUUAACCCAGGUUUUCCGAACCAUCCGGGAACCUGUACAAUGCGAACGGAUUCCAGCUCCCUACACGAUGGUCUCUUUUCCGUUUCUUUUCGCCGUCAUGUUCGGCGACAUGGGCCACGGCGUCAUCAUGUUCCUCGCCGCUCUUUUCUUCAUUCUCAAAGAGAAACAACUCGAAGCCGCUCGGAUCAAAGACGAGGUUUCUGUUUCAAAAAAGAAGUAGGAGUUUAUGAAUUGUUCAGAUCUUCCAAACGUUCUUCGGAGGUCGCUAUGUGAUCGUGUUGAUGGGCCUUUUCUCGAUCUACACCGGCUUCAUCUACAACGACAUCUUUCUCCAAGAGUUUCAAUGUCUUUGGAUCGGCCUGGCGCAAUUGCUACAAGGACAACUUCCAUCCGCAAGACGCCGAGAAAAGACUCAUGCUCAUCCCAGAACUCGCGUUUGACGUUCGUAGUUCUCUUUUUCUUCGAAUCAGCAGCGUUGAUCACUUUCUUGAAAGAAGAGAUUCGAUAGCGUCACUAAGAAUAACUGCCGAGAUAAACGCGAGACACUGGCGGUACAUUAACGAGCUCGCAAACAUCUCGCGUUUUUUCUCGCGCCGGUCUCGCAUUUUUCUGGGCGCCAGCUCGCACUUUUCUAGGCGCGAGCUCGCAUUUCUCUCGCAAUUUGAAAAUUUCCGAAAUGCAAGAUAAAUGCGAGGUCGCGCCGAGAUAAAUGCGAGAUCGCGCCUAGAAAAAAGCGACAUUUUUGCGAGUUCGUCAAUGUACCGCCACCGACCUCGCGUUUAUCUCGUCAGUUAUUCUUAGUGGUAGAGCAAAUUUGGUGGUUUGUUUGGCGAGAAAAAUAAGUUUUCAAGUUCUAAUAGAAGAAAGAUAAGUUAAAAAAUUGUUGGAGAUCACUCAAUUUCGAAUUUUUUUUUUGGAUGAAACUGAAAAAUAGGAGCAAAAAAAAAAUUAAAAAAUGACGAAAAUAAAGUAGUGGGAGGAGCUAAAAUUGAUCUCAAUUCAAUCAUACCUGAAGGAAACUUUUUUUCUAAAGAUUCCGGAAUCCAGUCACAAGCGGAGUAAAGACAGCAAUUAUAAACGAGAAAUAUGAUUUACAAUCAAAAAUUUAGACAUAAAAAUAUAAAAAGUUGAAAUAUUUGCAUGAAGCUUGUUUUCUCAAGGAUCAAAAGCUAACAACUAAAAAUUUUAAAAAAAUAGGAAUUUCCAAGUUGAUUAAAAAUAACAAAGGUUCACGAUUUAUUUUUAAUUUCGGGGCGAAUAACUGAAUUUUACCACUCAGAGCUCUCGUUUUUUUGAUUUUUUUAAAGUAGUGAAAUUCCUCGAAAUCUAAUCGAAAAUGGUCGAAAAAAGAGGAAAAAAUAUCUUCGUUUUUCAGAAUUCAAUAAAGAAUGUUUAACGAAAUCGUUUCAAAACCAAUAUUGUUGAGGGGUCGCCCUAUCCGAUUGGUGUUGAUCCUGCAUGGAAUCUCGCCGAGGCGAACAAAUUGUCGUUCUUGAACUCGAUGAAGAUGAAGAUGUCCGUGAUCCUUGGUAUCACCCAGAUGACCUUCGGUCUCCUUCUCAGCUAUAAAAAUCACAAGUUUGCUCCGUUUUUCCUUCUCAAUACAUAUUUUUGUUCUCAGGUAUUUCAAGUCGGAUCUCGACAUUAAGUUCAUGUUCAUUCCGCAAAUGAUCUUCCUCUCCUCCAUUUUCAUCUAUUUGUGUCUGCAGAUUGUUGCCAAAUGGCUUUUCUUCACGGCUGAGGUUCCAUUUGAUUCGAUUCCAGCCUGAGUUCGAACUGAUUCCAGGGAGGCACCGUGUUGGGGUACACUUAUCCCGGCUCGAGCUGUGCUCCAUCGCUCCUUGUCGGCCUCAUCAACAUGUUCAUGAUAAAGUCGCGCGCCGGCGGAUUCGUCGCCGAAGAUGGCUCGACUCUUGACUUGUGCUACCUCAACCUCUGGUACCCUGGACAGGUUUGGCACUAAAUUUCGAUAAAAAUAGGAUUUUCAAUAUAAUUUGAUACGAAGUAACGAGGAGAAUACUGAGAAUAAGAUUAUUGGUAAGAGAAAUAAAAUAGAAGGAAAAUGAGAAGAAAAUAAAUGCAGUUCAAAUUGGUCAUGCCGUUUAGUUUAUUUGUUUUUUUUAUUCGAUUUGAAAAUUUGAAAAUAAGUUUUAUUUUGUGAUCUAGUUGACCAAAGAUGAAACUGAACCUAAUAAAUGGGAGGGUUCGAAUUGGUAUGGAGAAAGGGUUGUAGUCGUUCUUCGAAACGGUUUUCGUUCUUCUCGCGCUGGCCUGUCUCCCAGUGAUGCUGUUCGCCAAGCCCUACAUGCUGUGGAAGGAAGAGAAGCAGCGACGUGAGGUCGGCCACCGCCAACUGGUGAGAACUGCGAGCUCUUGGCGAAUGCCGUCGUCGUCGUUUGGCUGCGUUGUUUUCACUGGGCGUGUCGUGGUGUUGGGCUCAUGGCGUUCCAAAACGGACCAAAAUCAGGAAUAGAAAAUUCAAAAAGUUUUUUUUCGAAUAAGCUAUCAGUGGGGCUUUUCAAUGAGACUUUAUUAUUAAGUUGCAUUUUUAUACGCCGAUUUUUAAACUCGACGCGAAAAUUUCAGAUAGUUUGCUUUAAAAGUUUUCUCAUUUUUCAAGUUUAAAAAAUUACUCCGAGUUGAUUUUCGGAUGGGAUAUAAAUCUUUCUGCAAGAAGUGGUACGGCUGUUUUUUUUUGUAGAUGAUCUGUUUUCGAAAUCUACAUCUACCAACCGAAAUAAAAUCUUUGAAAAGUUUUAUUUUUCAUUGUGAGAAGUCUUCACUUUUCUUGAGUAUAUAUUCAAAAGCAGCAUAAAAAACUGCAUAUGAAAAAAUCUGGUCUCAUUUAGAAGACCCACUGUGUGCUGAGAUCAUUUUUCAGAACAAUUUUCAAACUUCCCUAUUUAUAAUGCUUUCGUAAUUUUGCAGCCGACUUGAAAGAAAUAUAGUUUUUUGCUUUAUCUACAUCAUCAUAGAAAUAACCCGUUUUGGAACGUUUUCUGGUAAUCGAUUCGUUUUUACAAUUUUUUAUUUUUUGUUUUCUUUUGUUGUAAAAGAAAAGCAUGGCACCGUGUCGAUCCUCAAGCAUCUAACUGUGAAAAUGGAGUCUUACCUCAGAUACCACUGAUGGGGCUGGGUCAUACUGGUAAAACUAGGCGGUACCAGUUUAAACCGAGUUAACUAUGAAAAACAUACCUCGUCAUUGAAUUAGGACACAAAAAUAUCUUAUUAAUCGUUGUUUCGUACUGGUAACGUCGUCGUGUUGGUUUUCAGGGCAUCAUUGAAAUGAUAUUAGUGAUUUUGGCUGUGGUCCAAGUGCCAAUCAUGUUGUUCGCCAAGCCGUUUUUCGUCAUGCGACGCGCCAAGCACCAAACCGCCUACAGUACACUUCACAAUGAAUUUGAUCGCGAGGUUUCGUCGGUUAAAUAAGAAUUUUAAUGAAAUACCAACGCAACUACCAAGAAUUUCAACAAGAUAAUUACACAUAAUCAUUUUGGAAUUUUUUUAAAAAUUUGUAUUCAGAGUUGUUUUUUUAAUAGUUAUCCCCAUGCACUCGUAACACUUGUCUGCAUCUUUUCUUGUUCUAAUGCUUGCCUCAAUUGGUGUCCCUUUAUGUUGUUUCGCCGUGGUUGCUUUGGUGUUGGUGUUUUUUUUUUACCUUUAUAGGAGGGCUUCGAAAAAAUGAAGGUUACAGUAGCGAGAAUCAUCACCUUUUUCUCUUAUCUUCAAAAUGGAUGAUUGAUUGAAGCUGAAAUAUUAAAAACUUUUGUAAUAACUUUGGGAAUACGAAAAUGACAGAUCAUAAGAAAAACAUUUUUAUAACUCCAUUAGGUUUUUUUAAAUGCAAGGUCAAAACGACUAAAAAUAAAUCUAUGAGGAGCUCAAAAAAAUCGAGAAGUUCGGAAUGAAUUUAUUUUUUUUCAUUUAGUCAAAAAAAACUUCAUUCAUCAAGAGCAUAAAAAAAUGUCUUAUUGUUCAAUAUUUAAUGCCGUACUUCUCUUGAAGCGAAUUCGAAGCUUCAUCCAACCAUCCUUCUGAAAAUGGCAAAAAUUUGAGAAAUCUGCUACUCUAGCCUGGUUUUUUUUUGAUGUUCUCCUGUAAUGCGGAGUAAAAAUGGCUCGUUUUUAGUUUUAAUUUUUGUUUCAGAGUGUGAGAGCCGAUAUGAACGGCGAUGACGCAGAAGUUGUGCACGCGCCUAUUCAGGCGAAACCUGAAGGCCACGGCCAUGGACACGGCGACGGACCGGUCAGGAGUCGUUCUUCAUGAAGAUCCUCUGAUUUUUGUGUUCAGCUGGAAAUGGGCGACGUGAUGGUCUACCAGGCGAUUCACACCAUCGAGUUCGCCCUCGGCUGCAUCUCCCACACAGCUUCCUACUUGCGUCUCUGGGCUCUCUCGCUAGCUCAUGCUCGUUUGUUUUCGGAUGAUCUUAAUUUUCCCGAAGAAAUCAAAAAAUCACUCUAAAAACUAGAUGAUGAACGAUACUUUGAACAAUUUCAAUGAAAAAAAUAUGAAAAUUCUUUUCGCUGGAAUGAAAGUCGUAUUUUGAUAAUAUAUAUUCGCCACUGUUCGAAAAAAAAAGGGAUUUGGGAAAUGCGUCUCCCAUUCCAUCGGCUUUUUCUCAUGUUUAAAUUUCAGACGGUUUGAAGGCGAAGUUGAUUAGAUGCAGUGUUGAUAAUUUAUAAUUUUUAUAGCGGUCCUGGAUAAUCUGGAAAGCUUAUUCAAAUAUUUAUCAAAUAUUUCUCAUUAUCAGCAUUUUUCAAAUGUCAAAAUGGCAUAAAUGGAUUGAAUAAAUAAAAUAAUUUUCGGAAUUUAUUCUUUCCCUGGAGCACAGGAGAAUUUCUGUUUAUUUUUCAUAUCAACAUUAUUCAACCGUUAGAAUUUUUUGCUGUUUCAAUUUUUGCUUUUGUCCAGAGCUUUCCGACGUGCUGUGGACGAUGGUGUUCCGUCACGCCUUCACGAUGGACGGCUACUCUGGCGCCAUCGCCACCUACCUGCUCUUCUUCGUCUUCGGAUUCCUUUCCGUCUUCAUUCUCGUCUUGAUGGAAGGCCUCUCCGCUUUCCUUCACGCCCUGCGUCUCCACUGGUCCGUUGUCCUUUCCUUCCUUCCUACUACGAAAAAAUCGAAAAAAAUUCGAACAUUUUAUUUUGCAGGGUCGAGUUCCAGUCGAAGUUCUACGGAGGACAAGGCUACGAGUUCUUGCCGUUUUCGUUCGAAAAGAUUCUGGCAGAAGAACGAGCCGCCGAAGAACGAGCGGAGUAACACCUUCCACCAUAAUCCUAACGUCCAACUUCCAUCGCUGACUUUUGUACUUCAAAUGCACGCUUGUUUAUAGGCAAAACUCGAAAAUAAUAAGAGCAUAUAGUUCCUUGGCCUUCCUUCCCACUUGCCCUUUUUCAUGUUUUCCGUCCGUGCAGAGAAAUCGCUUCCUUGCAGCCCUUCAAUCAGUUGUUUGUAAUUAUUCGCAUGAAAGUCUCGUGUGUUGUGUUUGUGAAUAGUGUGGUGUUCUUUGUGCUUCUCCAUGUUGACGUACGUCUGCAGCGUCUGGGCGGUGCCUCUUCUUCCUAUUUAAUCAUCGACUCCCCUUAG